AUGGAGCCUGCUGAAGUACCCAGUCAGAUUAGCAAAGAUAAUUUUUUAGAAGUUCCUAAUGUAUCUGAUUCUGCUUGUGAAGAAGAAGUUAAAACUGCUUUCAAACCUGGUUUUUCCCCUCAACCAAGUAGAAGAAGUUCUGCAUCUUCUGAAGACAUGUACCUGGGCACUCCAACUUCAGGAAGCAGAAGAGUUUCAUUUGCUGAUAGCUUUGGAUUCAAUCUUGUGUCAAUUAAAGAAUUUGAUUCUUGGGAAUUACCAAGUAUUUCAACAGAUUUUGAGUUAAGGAAGGAUAUUUUUCACACAGAAGAAUGCAUUUUAUCUCCACUAUUUGAUUUGCCUUCUUCAAAAGAAGAUCUUAUGCAACAACUUCAAGUACGGAAAGCGAUACUGGAGUCAACUGAGUACCCUCCUGGGUCGACGAGUAUGAAGGGUAUUAUUCGAGUUUUGAAUGUUUCUUUUGAGAAGUUAGUAUAUGUGCGAAUGUCCUUAGAUGACUGGCAGACAUAUUAUGACAUUUUAGCUCAAUAUGUUCCCGAUUCAUGUGAUGGUGAAACUGACCAGUUCUCCUUUAAGAUUUCAUUGGUUCCUCCUUAUCAAAAGGAUGGCAGUAAAAUUGAGUUUUGUAUACGUUAUGAAACAUCUAUGGGUACAUUUUGGUCCAAUAAUAAUGGCGCAAAUUAUAUAUUGCUUUGUCAAAAGAAAGAACAACGGUCAGUGCCUGAAAAGCCACAGGAAGAAGUUUCUAGUAGACAGAAAAAAGGCUGCUUAAAGGUAAAAUCAAGUAAAGAAGAAUCAUCAAUUACAUCAGAAGAGAAUAACUUUAGGGAAUCAAAGUUUACAGACACCGGUACACCAACAAUCAUUUGCUCUCAUGAGGACAAGGAAGACUUGGAAUCCAGUAAUCAAAAUGUAAAAGAUGUAAACAGGGAACAUGAUGAACAUAAUGAAAAAGAAUUAGAUUUGAUGAUACAUCAACACUUAAUAAGAACUAGAAGUGCUGCUCCCAGGGAUGAAAAGGAUACAUUUUCAUCAGAUCCAGUCAAUUUUCACAAUAAAGCUAAGGGGUUAGAGAAGAAGAAGGUCCACGGUAAACUAUGCACUGACUUGUUCGAAAGGUCUUUGUCUCCAAAUUCAUCAGCAGAAAGCUCCUUAAAGGGAGAUUUUUUCCACAAUGAAAAAUAUUCCUCCAGAUAUGAAUGUAGUCAUCAACUUUCAGAGGAAAUUACUUCAGAAAUGAAAGAAAUCAAGACAUCAUUGGAAGAUACUAGUAGUAAUGAAUUAGUGCAAUUACAUAUUGGUAGGCUGGAGGAUAACGCUGAUCCAGCCCACAGGAGUGGCAGAGUGAAAACAUCUUGCUCCUCCCCAGAUCAACGAAUGGCAGGUGAUCGUAACAAAAAUCAUGAAGGAGGAGCUAAGAAAAGUGAAAUAAAAGAUUGGGAAUGUUUAAGUAAAGAUUUCCAUUCAGGUCUAGGUGCAUAUACAGAACGAUCAACAGACAGUGAAGAUUAUGGCAAGGUUAAAGAUGAAAAGGAACAAAGAGUGCACCUAGGUGUUAAAAAACAGAGCAGACUUUUUCAGUCACUCUUGAAUGACCACGAAAGAAAAUUGAGCCAAUCUGAAAUAAGUGUGGAAGGGACUGAAAGUAGGGAGAAAGAUUUAGCAGCUCUGUCAAGUAAAGGUACCACAAUCCCUGCCCAUGCAGUAACAGAAGUUACAUUUCCUUCAUCAAGGAUAAAUUUAAAUUGGGAAGAAACUACGCUGAUGACUUCAGAGAGUGAUCACUCUGCUGGUGAAGGCACAACCUCAGAAGGGAUAGAUAGUAAAGUCUGCUUAUCAAGAAAGAGAAAUGUUUUGAGGGAUGAUUAUCUUUUCCAAGCUGAAGAAAAAGCAGAUUGGAUUAAUCCUGAAGAUAGGGGUAGAAACACGCAGCAUACACAAAAUUGGAAUAUUCUAGAAAGUCAGGAAAAGGUAAAAGGGAGUCAGACAAAUAUAAAGGAGCAGAUCAAAGAACAAGCAGAUUGUGAAGACGUGUUGGGGGAAAGAGAUAACACAAGUUUGAAUGUUACCCCUACUGAAGAGCUGUUUACCUGCCAAGAAACAGAAUGUGAUGAACUGUAUUGUCUAGCUGAUCAUGGUGUUACUGAGAAAGCACAAGCAGGUACAGCUUAUAUAAUUAAGACACCAUCAGAAAGUACUCCAGAAAGCAUGUCUGCUAGAGAAAAAGCAAUAAUUGCUAAGCGAUCUCAAGAGACAGCACGAAGUGACAGGCCCAUCGAGGUAAAAGAAACAGCGUUUGAUCCACAUGAAGAGGGAAAUGAUGAUGUACUUUAUACCCUUUGUCAACGAGAUACAGCAGGUGUAAUCUACGACAACGAAUUUGAAAAGGAAUCACAUGUGGAUAUUUGUAAUGUACGUGCAGAUGAAAUAGAGAAGGAGGAAGCCAUGCAUAUGUACAAUCCUGGGAAGAUGCAUGACAGGGAGAAACAUGGUGCUGGAAAUAUAUAUGCAGAAGAAUCUUCUCAGCGCAUCACAAGCAAUCAAAAAGAAACCUCAAACUUGGACUUACACUCAGAAGUAUCAUCAACAGACAAAAGAAUAUUUGCAGAAAAUAGAGAUCUUCAGCAGGUCCAAAAUUUAUCAAAGAAAACAGACUUAGAAGUUGCUAAUCGUUCUGCUUCUAACUCAGACAAAAACAGAGCUUCUCAUUUGGGCUCUCGUGUUUCCAGUCAGCAUCCUGAAACAUCAGUGCCAUCUUAUGAAGAGGCCAAAGAGAAUACCAUUUCCACCAAAUCUAUUUCUACUGAAUCAGAAGAUAAUUGCGAUCCAAGUGGAAUCCAGGGUCACCUGGGGUCUAAACCCAAGGAAGUCUGCACAAGUGCAGAAAGUUCAUCAGGUCGUAGAAAAGAAAGAUGUAUGGGGCAGAUUUUCCAACCAGGAGAAUAUAGUGUGGGAAAAUCUAUAGGGCCAACGAUUUUAAUUAGUGAACCUCUUGAGAACACGGAAGAAGCAAGGCAUGAUAAUGAAGGAUCAUUGAGCUCUGGACAGUGCUCUUCAGACGACAAAGCAUCUGAGAACUAUGCCUCUGCUAGUUUUCCUGUCCACAAAAGUGAAGCUCAGAGCAGUGAAUCUCUGCUUUCAAAAUAUGCCAACUCUAAAAUACCUUAUUUUCUUUUGUUUCUCGUAUUUCUUGUAACCAUAUAUCAGUAUGACCUAACGAUAGGCUUGGCAUUCUACCUUUUUUCACUGUACUGGCUCUACAGGGAAGCGGGGAGGCAAAAAGAAUCUGUCAAAAAGAAGUAACCUUGGUGCUAGUACUAAUCUCUCUUAAAAGAUAAGCUAUUUAGCCCCAAACAUUUGGAUUGGUGAAAGAGGCUAUUCCUUGUUCAAAGAGCCAGUGCAGU